UUAUCUGCUCCACUGUUUGGCCUCCUCGGUGUCAAGCUGGCUGGAAGCGUUAAUUUAACAACACCUGCGACAACAAACAAUUUAAACGAGAGGGUUUAGUUUCACCAGAGGUAAAAGGAGGGAUGUAACUGAACACCAGGCUUCUUAUUAACGUAUACGACAUGAUGGUGUUGCCUCCUUCAGAGACUGAGUCUCUGGCAUGACAGGAAUAAAGACAUAUCUGCAGCAAGUGUCGACAUCUCUUUCAAAAGUCAGCAUCUCAUUACUGUGCUAUCAAGAUUUCCCAUACAGAUUUUCAAAUGAAAAUGGAGGAUAUGCCCCUGUCAGGCCCAGACAACACCAGGCUGGAGGCCUUGGUCCAUGACAUCUACUCUGAGCUGGUGGAAGAUGCCUGUUUGGGUCUGUGUUUUGAGGUUCACCGUGCUGUGAAACAGGGCAGUUUCUUUCUGGAUGAAACGGACCAAGAGAGCAUGAAGGAGUUCGAAAUUGUGGAUCAGCCAGGCGUGGACAUAUUUGGCCAGGUGUACAAUCAGUGGAAAAACAAAGAGUGUGAGUGCCCGAACUGCAAAAGAUUGAUAGCAGCUUCUCGCUUCGCCCCGCACUUGGAGAAGUGUCUCGGCAUGGGACGCAACAGCAGUCGCAUCGCCAACCGCAGGCUAGCCAGCAAUAACAACAUGAGCAAAUCAGAGAGUGAUCAGGAAGACAACGAUGACCUCAAUGAUAACGACUGGUCGUAUGGGGCAGAGAAAAAAGCCAAGAAGAGAAAGGCAGAUAAGAAUCAAAAUUCCCCAAGAAGAUCCAAAUCUCUAAAACAUAAAAAUGGUGAUCUUGGGAGCAGCGUCAGUGCAGAUCCUUACAAGUACAACUAUAAUACCGGCAUCAGUUAUGAAACUUUAGGCCCUGAUGAAGUCCGAUCCCUUUUAACAACGCAAUGUGGGGUGAUCUCUGAGCACACCAAGAAGAUGUGUACCAGGUCUUUGCGAUGUCCCCAGCACACGGACGAGCAGAGGAGGGCCGUCAGGGUGUUCCUCCUGGGGCCGUCUGCGCCGUCGCUGCCCGAUGUAGACGCUGUGGUGGAGAGCGACAGCUUUGACAUUCCAGAUGGACAGACGCUGAUGAGCCGCCUGCAGUGGGAAGACUCCCCGGACAUCUCACCCGCUGACUCCGCCUCAUCUAAAGCCAGCACCAACCAUUCAGAUUCAAGGAGGCCCAAGAAAAAGAAGAGGACGUCUCUUGGUUUGAAUAGUGGAGGAUUAGGAGGAGUAGUAGGAGGAAAUCUGACUGGAGGCAGCAGCAGCAGCAGCUCUCAGAGUAAUAUCAGCUUAUCGACCAAAAAAAAGAGGCCCAAACUCUCAGCACCUUCUAUUUCCAGUAUCUAUGAUGACAUAAACUAGUCAUAGCAGCUCUCGCCUACUCUAGUAAGUCCCUCCGUUCAUACCUACAUUUACAGGCCUUGAACAGGACGAGACACAACUUGACUUCUUAUUCAUUCAGCCUUGACAAGUAAGUCACUUUAAUGAACACAUUUCCGUCCGUAGUAUGAACACAGUGUUAAAAAUAAAUUGUGGUUAAGAGUCACAGAGACUUAGCAGAGUAUCAGCAGGAACUUAUUGGAAAAAAGCCACCUUAAAGAAGACUUUACCUAGUGUUUAACCCUGUGGAUUAGAAAGGGUGUCUUAUAUGCCGAUAAAGUCACCAUAUAUCAUCGUAUCCAGGCAGGAAUUUCAGUUUACGCUGUUGCACUAUAUGGCUAAAGGUAAGAUAUUCUUUUACAAUUUACAAAUUACAACUGAGUUGUACAAUAUAAUAGGAAUAUAAUUUAUUUAUUUUAAGGGUGGGGGGGGAAACUAUAUUACAUCACUUUUAUACUCCUGAAACCUUAAAAAGGUCUUUUUCGUUGCAGGCAUUUUGACGUGACAUAGCAGGAAAACCACAGGUGCAAUUAAUAAUAUGAUUAAGGGCUGCACUCCAUUUAGCUUUCCUAAUUUCACAGCCCUGCCACUGUGUACUCUUGCUCACUGACAGGGUUUACUGAAACACCUCAAUGUUACACGGCCAUCGUUAACAGAAGUAAUUAAAGCUAUGUUUCCGCCAUUUUGGACUGAAAGCAACUACCGGACACCAGUGAAACGUCCGCCCUACAAAGUGCCGUACAAAAGUAAAACAAAAUGAUUUCUGUUCUAUUGUCAUAUUCUACUGAAAUGGCCUGUUUUGAAAGUAUUUUCAGUCCAAAAUGGCGACAGCGGCUGUUGAAAAAAACCAAAACACUGGCGUUUAGUCUCUUUGCUUCUAUACUCUUUGGCUGCGUUCCAAAUCACAUGCUUUUUAUUUUUAACUUUUAAGUACAUACUGCAGCUUCCCUAACAAAGUACGUACUGUUACACUGUAUAUCUGUUGCACGCCGUAGCACAACAUUUUAAGUAAAAACAAAAAGUAUGCAAUUUAGAACGCAGCCUUUAUUAAUGUAUGAAUUAACAUUAUACACACAAGUCUCAAUAAUAUGUAACGUUAGUAGCCUACUUCCACUUGAAUGCACUGUCUGUCAUUGCGGAUUCUGUCAGUGAGCUGUCAUCUGUCUGCUCUCUCUCUCUUGUUUAUUUCAUAGAUACGUCACUAGGGACUCCGCUGUGCAGAAGAUUGUGGGUCAGAAUAGCCAGAAAAUCAUGCUGGCUUGCAUACUGCAAAAAUAUGACCGGAUGUAGUAGGACAUCCUGGUAUUUUUGACAUACUAUGUAUUGGGACAUUCUAAAUCCUUUCAUUCUAAAUAGUAUGGCAGUAUGGGUAUUAAAACACACAGUAAACCACUCUUUUCUGGAUUUUAGUACAAAAUGUUCCUUAACAUCUAAAUUCCUGAUGGCCCCUUUUUUCUUAAACUGACCUUUUAUUUGCUAUAUUCAGUCAGAAAAAUCUUUUUGUUGCCCUCAAACUUUUCCUCAAAGCAUGAACAGUCUUUAAUUUGGCUUUCUCAAACCUUCAGGUGCUCUGUUAUUGUUGCUGAUCCUGUGACCUGUCCCUCUUUUUUAGACUCUGUGUUCAUUUCACUCAGUUUUGAGGAGACGUGUGGACUUCAACUGCUUUUAAUUCAACACUCGACACGCGUAUACUGGAGUACUCAUCGGUGGCUUUUUAAUUCUAGCGUUGUAUUGCACAGUUGUGUGUGUGUGUUUGUGAGUGCGUCUGUAUGCUGACUUGCAUUCAGUGUCACUUUUUUCGCGUAGUGUGUUUAUGUGUGGUAAUAGAGAGAAUGUAUGUAAUAAUUUCUAUUUUCAUAAAACUAUGCAUCCUAGAAUGUGAUAUUUCUCGUGAACGUGUGUGCGGCAUUUAAAAUAUUUAACUUGUUUUGUUUACAUCAACAAUCUAUUUAAGUUUUUAUUUGUCACUGCUUAUAAAGUGGUGUGUAUAUUAUUCGUGUGUAAAUGCAGAUUUUGAUAUUUGAUGAGCCAGUAGGCUUUUGGGGCACAUGUACAGUACAAAGUAAUCAUGAAUCCAACGUAACUUUCUUUCCUCGGUACUAAACUUGUUUUGUGUAUUUCCUCUUAGUUUCUGCUUCUAGACCCCAGUCAGUAGAUGAGUGUUGCACUUCUGCUUGUCAUUCACAAGUCUGUAACCUCUAUAAUGUCUUAUGUAAAAGUCGUAACCUAUAUUACAUGCUUUAGAGGUAGUAAUCUUGUAUUUGCAGCUUUUCACAAUUUAUGUCUUAGAAAAGCUUUUUUAUUUGUUUUUCUUCUUUUCAAACCCAAAGACUUUACAGUUUCACAUUGUAGAGUCAGAAGUGCAGAGUUGAGUACAAGGAUGACGUGUUUUGUUUGUACAUAUCAGGACAUCAUCGCUGUUAAACUUAGGGACUGUAUGGAAAUGAUUAUGGGGUAGAGGAGGUAUAGGUCGAAUAGCUUCGGAAUAACACCCCACCACCACCUUAACCGAAUUUCUGUAACUUCCUGAAACCGACAGUCUGACAGUCCUGCUGUGAUUGGUCAGCUGUGCGGAGGUGACGUCUUCCCUCUCUCAAGCACUCUUUUUUAAAAUUAUUCUUUCAACUAUUUCUGUCACUUUUUAUGGGAAUGACCAAGGGUAACACUAUGAAUGCCUUCCAGGAGAGACUGAAAUGUCCUUCGUCAGCUCUAUAUUUAAGCGAAAUCGCAUCUCGACCCUCUCUGUAGUUCUGCUCACACUACGAGCGACAAAAGCAACAAAAUGGCCAAAGUGGGCCAGCUACAUAGUCGCUGAGUCACCGUUGAAGUGUUGCUCAAGCGCUCAUUGACGUAGUUAAAAACACGAUUAGUUGACGCUUCACCACAUCAGUUUGUAGCUUCAUUUCACUGGCGUCCAUUGACAAUGACUUGUAGCCUGUUGCUGUGUCGCUUGUAACCACCGUAUCAGAUGGGCAGCUUUUCACUCGGCCUUCGAAUGUCACCACUCAGCCAUGGGGACAACACAUCGUAUGAAUUGGUUCUUUUCAAGCAUAAACUGACCCUUAUGAAUUAUUGUCUUUUUUGGGAGAAGAGGAAAGGGUCUUCUGACUUUUUCUAAUCCCAGAUUAUAUUAUAUUUCAUUCUUCCCUUGAUAGAUUUAUAGUAAAACAUUAAAAUAAUAUGUGCCAUGGGGUCAUAUAUCUCUGUAUCAAGGCAUUAUCUUCCUCAUCAACUUUAACUGUCUAGUAGGACCAAUAGGCCGUUUUUCAACCACAGAGUCUGACAGAGUCUGAGCCCGAUUCACUCACUUGGUGGCUGAAAGGGUGUUUAAAUCAAGGGGAGGGUUCAAAGAAAAUAUAAGUAAUGGGCAACUAAAUAUAAGAUUCAAUCCCCCACAGAGCCCGAAUAAUUUCCGUACAGUCCCUAAAGUGAAGUGCAUUCAGUUGUUUGUCUCAUGAAGUGACGAUGUGUAAAAGCCUUAUUUAUUUUCCAGUGCGGUUAACACCUUCACAUCUGUUUCUGUGAAGGUCUGUGGUAACUGACCGUGCCCUUUUGAAUUUUUUUCUCAGUAACGUCUUGUGAUGUGCACUAAAGAUAAAUGACCUGUUAUUGAGAUACUUUGGUAUAGGUGUGAUUUAGAUUCUUAAAGCCACUUUUCGCUGAUGAAGCUAACAGCUGAUGUUCUCUUUGUGUAUCUGUGUGCAGUACGAGUGCAAUAACAACGAAACGCAACAUUGUGACUUUCCAAUAUUUCUCAUGCACAAGCACAAAUCUGUGCAUGUGUUGAAUGACAUGUUGUAUAUGAUCAUAAUGUAAUUAUUUUUUUCUUCACUGCCAUGCAUACUGGUGUUUUAUAUAGAAAUAAACAUAAAUGCUGCC